CACGAGGUUUCCAUCAACCCAGCAUCUGCACGUUAUCUCCUCUAUCCUUGCCCUCAUCUUGCACGUCGCAUCAUCAUAGUCGCCCGAGUCUCUGUCCCAUCACCUCCUCCCGGACCUGGCAUCGAUCUCGACUGCCCCUCAUGAUGCGCGUGCUGCCAGCAUCGUCGCAAAUUGGCCGAGGUAACUACAUGGUGGUUCUGACCACUUCGGACUAGAUCGAAAGACUUGAAGAACGGAGGGAGCAUCUAUUGCUCCCGAAAUAUCACAAUAUGGCGACCGUUGUCGCGAAGCCUCCUGGAACGGCCACCAAGAUGAAGAAGCCUCCCACUCCGUCAGUGCAGACAAACGUGAAUGGUGGCAGACCCACGGCACCUUCUUCUUCUCCCUCAAGCGCUCGAAAAUCUCUUCCGAGUGGGAAUCUGACCACUCCCACGUCUGCCACAGCGGCAGCCGCACCAACCACAAAUGGCGUCGCGAGGCCCAAUCGUCGACUUCAGCGCCUGUCGACCAAGAACAACGCCUCGGAUACCGCGACUCUGGACAAGAGGAAUACUAAGAGGUUCCCGGAGCCCCUAGUGCCCAAAGAACCUCAUAUCCUUCGCAAGUACAAAGGGUCCCCCCCAUCGUUAAUCGUACAUUUACACCCCACACACUUCCGUUUUGACCAGCAAGAUGGAAGUUUCAGUUAUCAUUCGGAGAUGCGCAUAUUCAUUGAACAUCUCACAAAAGGCACCAUUCCACAUGACAUGAUUGAGGAGUUUCGUAAAUCAGACGUCAAAUACUACGAAGGAUGGUUGAUCGUCCGAGUGGUCGACCACAAGUCCAUCGCAAAGGACGCUGCCGCCACUGAUGCAAAUGCAGACAGUGACAAGCCCUUCUCUAUCCACAACUACAAUCAGUACAUUACCCCGUCGCCUUAUGCUCCAUACCCAACCAAAGAGCAGUCCGCAGGCAGGUCUCCACCAUUGAAGCAAGAGCAGCGGGACUCGGCAUCGAAUGACGCAACGCAAAAUGGCCUCCAUUCAGAUGACACCAUCGACGUUGCACCAAAAUCGACCAAGCCACAGCCCACCAUUUACCAUGUCGGGCUUCGACCGACCAUUCUGUCACGACACAUGGAUCUUGUCCUUGACGCCAUGACGCCAGAUCCCAAGUCAAUCAACCGGAAGCAGUCCCAGGCGGGUGUGAAUGGCCGUGGUCCAAAUUCAGGUGCCCCUCAAACACCCAUCUCGGGAGUUCCACCUUCCAUUUCGGCAGAUAAAGGACCCCCUUUCAAGAAACAGAAACUGAAGAUCGAUCCCAAAGAUAUGCUUGACUACGAGGCACGCGUUAUAAAUGCCACUGCACCUCCGUUGUUCCUGGACCCGGUGGAUAGCAUUGAAGAGGUUGAGUCUCUGGUCAAUCUUCUCAAAGAUCCCUACCAUGAUGAACGGCCACCUUCACCAAAGAGCAGGAAACGCACGGUGGCUGAGCUUGCUGCUGAUGAUGCGCACGCCAAGGAACAAGAGCGCUUCAUGCUGGUGAUGGAUCAGCGCUCAGGCGAUGGCACAACCACGACCAAUGCUGGUGCAGUUGACGGACAAGCUGGAGCUAACCUCUUCCAACCUCGUUUCGAGAAAUUUAACGCCCUCGAUAGCAUUAAGAGAGAUAUUGCUGAGCGUAAACAAAGAGAGAAGGAUCGACAGCUGCAAGAAGAUGAGAAUAGGAGAGGCGCGCAAGAGCGCAUGGCCGAGGAGGAGAAGAAACGCAUCAUGAUGCAACGAGUUCAGGACGCAAGAAUGAUCCGAAAUCGGGAACGACAAGAGGCCAACGCUAUGCAAGCACAACAAGCUCAGCAGGCACAACAGGCCAUUCAGCAAGCCCAGCAACAACAACAAGGUCAAGCUGCAGUUGCAAGACCUGGGUCACAGCAAAUGAAUGGGAUUCCGCCUAACAUGCAGAAUCAAAUGCUGGCGGCUGCGCAACAGCGAGGAUCCCCAAUUAUCCGGCAAGGAACUCCUCUUGCCGUUUCCUCGCCAGUGGUUACAAGUGCUCCGCAAGGAUCUCAAGCCAUGGUCAUGUCCAGUUCCCAACAAGGUCAUGGCUCGCCUCAACGACCAGGAUCAGCUGUCCAGCAUGGGCAUCCGUCAGUACCCAUGGCUAGAGGCCCAAGUGGACAAGGUCAACCGAGUAGGAAUGGUACGCCUCAGAUGCCUCAUGGCACCCCGUCUGUUAGGAACGCCACGCCAAUACUCCGACAAGGCACGCCAGCGCAGCACAUGUCGCAGGCGAGCCCGCAUGGUAGCAUGGUCGCUCCAACGCCUCAAAUGAUGCAAGCUGGACUAAUGCAAGCUCAAAUGCAAAACGGAGUAGGCCGGCCGAUGAAUCCACAGCAACUUGCUGCGCUGCAGCAGCGCCAUCACAAUCUACAACAGCAAGCUGCAAUGCAACAAAUGGCUAAUGGCACAUCCCAGAUGACACCUGCCCAAAUCGCCAAUCUGCAGGCACAGCAUCACGCACAACAGGAUCGACAGGCAGCGAUGCAACGACAACAGCAACAGAUGCAAGGUACUCCUCAGAGCCAGCAUAUGUCCCCCGCGCCACAAAACCAAAAGACGUAUAAUGCAGCGGUGAUGGAGCAGAUGAAGUCUCAGAUGCAGAGCCUUCAGGCACAGGCUCACAGUUCGCCAGGCCAAAACCAGAUGACUCCUCAGCAGCAACAAGCGCAGCUUUCGCACGCUCAGCAACAAGCGCAGCAGGCGCGUAUGUUGCAGCAGCAACAGCAACAGCAACAGCAACAGCAGCAAGGGCAAAUGAUGCCGGGGAUGAUGCAACAACAACAGCAGCCGCGAGCCAACCAUCAAAUGCAGCAACUAUUUCAAGCGCACCUGGCAGCGUACCAGACGAAGUUUCUGCAGCAAGCGGCACAAAAGUACGGUGGCAACACUCAGAUGGUACAAGGAGCGGAGCUUCAGCAUGUGCUUAAUCAAGCCAAGCAACACGCAAUGGCGGCGGCACGAAGGAAGCAAGCGGAGAUGACUGCGGGCAUGCAAGGCGGUAACAUGAAUGCCAACAAUGUGAUGGCAGCACAUCAGCAGCAGGCCAUGCUUCGGCAGCAACAGGUACAAGCGGCAGCGGCGCAGCAUGCGGCACAGCAACAGCAACAGCAACAGGGUGUGAUGCAGAACGGGAUGGGUGGCAAUAUGGGGAUGAAUCCCAACAUGGCACACGCGAUCCAACAACAACAGCAGCAGCACAUCCAGCAAAUGCAAUUGCAGCACGCACAGGCUCAAAUGUUGGGCAUGCAACAGCAGCAACAGCAGCAGCAACAGCAGCAGCAGCAACAGCAAAACAUGCAAUUCCAACAGCAGCGAUGAUAAGGAUGGUACGCGCGAGCAGAGCAGAGCAGAGCAGGAGUUGGAGUUGGAGUCGAAGUCAGAGAUUUGGUUGACGAAGGUGACCCACGAUGGGAAGGAAGUUUCUUGCAUAUGAAAAUGAUUAUUCGACAAUGACCGGAUUUGGGUGGCGAGAAGACGAAUCAGAUCAGGCGAGAGCAAAAAGUCAGGUUGGAGCAAGCGAUGAGAUGCAAUCAGAUGCAAUCAGAUGGGAGAGUUGUCAAGGACGGUGAGAAGCAGGACGAUGGGGAGCAGGGAAGACCGAAUGCGGUGAUUUGCAUAUCAAUUGAUCAUGAAGGGUGUUGUAUUGUCUUGCAUGGCUCUUGAAUCAGAAUGGCUUGCUUGGUUGCCUGCUUGCUUGUACGUAAAUUUGUAUGCAUGUAAAUCUUUUGCAGGUGUGCUGCGAAAGCGAGUGUGUUCAACAUUGUUAGGAUCAGACUUGACCUGGGAAACUCGAGUGCUGAUACGCCUGGGAUUGGUUAUGAAUACAAAAAUGACGAUUAUGGAGCGUUGCUAUUCUAUUG